AUGAACUUUGUUUAUGUGAUCAAAGAUGUGAAGAGAUGGAUUGGAGAAGUGAGAGGGAAGGAUUUGACAGAGACACAUGCAUGGUCCUACAAGAGGAGAUACAAGACAGGUUACGUGUGGCAAGACUUGUUAGAUGAUGAUCUCAUUACUCCAAUCUCUGAUAAUGAAUACGUCCUUAAAGGAUCUCAAACACACCCUGCCUCUUUUGAAACUUUUAUAUUUGGUGAAAGGAAAACUUCCAUGUUGAACAAGGAGAUUCAUGUUCAAGUACAUGAUAGAGAGGGCAAGCAGUUGAAGCAGAAGCAACCAUUGAUACCGGAAGAACUUCAACUUGAAAGAUUUCCAUAUUUCAAACCAAAUUCUCUAGAUCAGGUACUAUCAGAAAUAAGCUCUGAUAGGUCCACAUUACCAGAUGGAAGUGAAUCUUGUAGAGUUAAACCAGACAAACUCGUGGACAAAGGCAAACACAACCCAGACACAUCAUUUUCAACUUCAUUAUCAUCUUCUUCUUCAUCAUCAUUAUCUCCCUUGAAAGGAAGUAAGAGAUUUUCAACAGGAGCUUCUGGUUUGUUUGCAACUUGA